CUCCUGGGACACACAGCAUCCAGUGGAUCUAUUACAUUGGAAACCCCUACAACCAACCAACAUACACCCAAAAGGGACCCAGGAACCAUGAGAGGCUCCUCGUACACCUCCAACACCCUUUCCGUCGUCGGUGGCUCCAGCAGCAGCAGGAUGCGCGUCCAGAGCCCCUCUCCGUCCCGUUGCCGUGGCGGUAACUCUGCCUCCUACAGCCGCGGCCGUGCUGGCUUCCAGGGCGGUGUCUCUGCCGUCGAGGUCGGCACCGAAAUCCACCAGCAGCACGCCAACGAGAAGGAAGAGAUGCAGGAGCUCAAUGUGCGCUUCGCUGGCUACAUCGAGAAGGUCCAGGCCCUGGAAACAAGGAACGCCCAGCUGCAGGCAGAGCUGGCUGCCCUGCAGGGACGCUUCAAGGGGGGACCCGGCGGCCUUGGAGACGAGUAUGAGCUCAAGUUCAAGGAGAUGAGGGACCUGAUUGAGGCCCUGACCGCAGAGAAGGGCGCCGCCGACAUCGAGAGGGGAUACAUUGAGGAGGAGGUCGAGGUGUGGAGGUUGAAACUGGAGGAAGAGCUGGCCCUCAAAGACGAGGCUGAGAUGAUCCUGAGUGAGUUCCGCCAGGACGUGGACAACGCCACACUGCAGAAAGCCGAACUGGAGAGGCGCGUGGAGCAGCUGGUGGCCGAGAUCGAGUUCCUGAAGAAGCUGCACGACGAGGAAGUGGCCAACCUGAUGAAGCAGAUCGAGGACUCCAAAGUGACCGUUGAGCUGGACUCAGACCGCCCAGACCUGGCUGCCUACCUGCGCAACAUGCGUGCCGAAAUCGAGGCGGUGGCUGCCCGCAACGUGCAGGAUGCCGAGAAGUGGUACAAGGGCAAGUUUGACACACUCAAGGAGAAGGCCGGCAAGCACGAGGACCAGAUGAAGACCAUGAAAGACGAGAUCGGCUCCUUCCACACCCAGGUGACCGACCUGCAGAACCAGAUCGACGGCAUGCGGGCGCACAACGCUGCUCUGGAGCAGCAGUUGGACGACAUGGAUUCCGCUCACCUGGACAAGGUUGCUGCACUGGAGGCCGUCAUCGCACAGCUGGAGGCACAGCUCUGCGAGACCAAGAUGGAGAUGAGCAAGUACAUGGCGGACUAUCAGGAGCUGCUGCACAUCAAGCUGAAGCUGGACGCAGAGAUCGCCACCUACAGGAAGCUGCUGGAGGGCGAGGAGAAGAGGCUCGGAAUGUAGAUCCACUUGGCCAUUCAGGAAUAAACGAACGACCUUCACAUGACCUUCACCCCUUCCUGCCAGGACCCUCCACCACUGCUGGCUGUCAUCCACCAAGACCCCAACCGACGAUACUCCAUCAAACCAAGAUAUCGCAAACCCCGCCCACCCAAUGCAAAAACAACGUGCCAAAGUCCAGUCUCCUAAGGGGGCGUUGUCCCUAGCCUGAUUAUCAUCGACUCUCAAAUCUCUUCGAGACCUGGUCUGACCAAGAGCAUAACAAUUAACAUUUCCCAAACGGCAUGGGUGACCCACCUCCCUUGGUUUGCUUAUGGUUGUUUGCUUACAAACAAAGUGAGAGGAGUUCCCGUAUUUUCAGGAACUCAGAAAGUACUUGCAUUGCUCUUGACCUGACUAGUUGCAACGCUGAAAGUGUUGCGUCACUAGGAGGGCACAGCCUGGCUACGUUGUCCCCCCUUCUUCUUCUCUGUCCCUUGCGUUUUGUGGCAGCAACA